AUGGACAGCAGGAUGUUUUCUGGUCAGGCUGGUCUGAAUUACAGCUUCAACCUGAGCGAUGACCGGGAGCUGGUGGACGCGCCGGCGGGCAGGGGGAAGCUCUCCCCCACCGGCUUCGUCGUGCUGUCCGUGGUGCUGGGCUUCAUCAUGACUUUCGGCUUCCUCAACAACUUCAUCGUGCUGCUUUUGUUUUGCAAAUUCAAGAAGCUGCGCACUCCGGUGAACAUGCUGCUACUGAACAUCAGCGUGAGCGACAUGCUGGUGUGCGUGUUCGGCACCACGCUCAGCUUCGCCUCCAGUGUCCGGGGGAGGUGGCUGCUGGGGCGCAGCGGCUGCAGCUGGUACGGCUUCAUCAACUCCUGCUUCGGUAUCGUCUCGCUGAUCUCUCUGGUGAUCCUCUCCUACGACCGCUACAGCACUCUGACGGUAUACAACAAGGGUGGGCCAAACUACCGCAAGCCGCUGCUGGCUGUCGGAGGCUCUUGGCUCUACUCCUUGUUCUGGACAGUGCCCCCUCUGCUGGGCUGGAGCAGCUAUGGCAUAGAAGGCGCAGGAACCAGCUGCUCUGUGUCCUGGACGGUUCAGACUGUCCAGUCGCACGCCUACAUCAUCUGCCUCUUCAUUUUCUGCCUGGGUAUACCUGUCCUGGUGAUGUUCUACUGCUAUGGAAGGCUGUUACUGGCAGUCAAACAGGUGGGUAAGAUCCGAAGGACUGCGGCCAGGAGGAGAGAGUACCACAUACUGUUCAUGGUUCUGACCACAGCGGCCUGUUACCUGUUGUGCUGGAUGCCUUACGGCGUGGUGGCCAUGAUGGCAACAUUCGGCCCGCCAAACAUCAUCAGUCCCGUGGCCAGCGUUGUGCCCUCGCUACUGGCCAAGAGCAGCACAGUCAUCAACCCACUCAUCUACAUACUUAUGAAUAAACAGUUCUACAGGUGUUUCCUGAUCCUGUUUCACUGCGAUCACUGGUCAGCGGACAACUGCCACACCUCGAUGCCCUCCAAGACCACGGUUAUUCAGCUGAACCGCAGAGUCUACAGCAACACGGUGGCCUGCACCGCCCAGAUCUCCACCAACGCUCUGGAACAGUGCUGCAGCACCCCGGCCACCAAGCACACAACCCCGCCCGAGGUCACCACCUGAGCCUGAAUAUCACAGACCAGUUGAAACUGCAAUGGCUCAGCUUUACAACUACCACUGAAUGUGGACUAAAGCAUGAUGCAUUUAGGAAGUAAAUGUACUUAAUGUGUGAGCUUGUGUUUGUACAGAGAGGAAUCUUUCUGUGAGUCCAUUGAGUUUAGGUAUUUUAUUUUAUUUUUUUUUAAUAUGUACAAGGCAUUAACGUUCUCGAGAAACACAUGUUUUACAUACACUAUAUGGCUGAAAGUUCACAACGACCUGAAUAUCACACCCAUGUGUGAUUGCUGAAAUCUCAACCUUAAACCGUGGGCAUUGAAAUGCUGCUUUAACAGCCUCCACUUUUCGCCAGUAUGCGUUAAGGCACUGAUGUUGGAUGAUAAGGACCUGGCUCGCAGUCGGCAUCACAUCAAAGGCCGUGCGAUGGGUUGAAUCAGGGCUCUCAGCAGGCCGACCGAGUUCUUCUACAGCAAACUCUGAAAACUUGUUUCAUGUUCAGGAGAAUGUUAAAGCAGCAUUCUGUAACUUUUUCAUCUUAAAAUAGCAGGCGGACCUGGUUAGUGUAUUUUCAUCAUCGCUGAGACAUGUUGUAAAGAUACAGUCGACACGUUGUUUUCGGGUCUAUUUUUGCUGAUCACUGCGCACAUGUCACGGUAAAAAAAACAAAAAACAGGCCAGACUCGCUUCAGUCUAGAAUCUCUAGACGUAUUGACGCUGCAGUCUGGCUUGACACUCGCGCCACCGCCAGUGUGGCUGCUCUAACCUGUUAACACGGACGGCGAAAUGGACGUAACGCAUACGCACACAGGCGCUGCUCACGCAUUCAGUGUGGCUGGCCUGUGACAGCUUCAGAAUCAUGCUGAUGGUUCAGUGUGUUGUAACAGGGUGAAUGGUGUCUGUGUCACAGCGCCGCAUGCAGGUUUACUUCAACAUACAAGUUUUCAACACAUCAGUGUUAUGACGUAAUGAGCUCUGUUUGUAGUUGACGCCUACAUUAAGUCUGACAAACAGUGGUGCUACAGUCAGAAGCUCUGGGGGGUGCCAAGUUGCACAAAAUGCCAAUUUCUUCACAAUGUUGCUUUAAAGUUGAAAAAGGAAAGGAUCUUCCCAAAACUAUUGCUACAAAGUCAGAAGAACACUAGUGCCUAAAAUAUUAUUGCGUGUUACCAAUGAAAUUCCUUUAAUUCGAACUAAAGAGCAAAAACUAUGAAAAGCAGUAUCGGGAUGUCUGCUUUCAGUCAUAGUGUACUCGACCCUUGUUUUACAUGUUGAUAUGUUCAGGAACGAGAAACAGUUGAUAUUAAAAUGGUGAAGGGACA